CGGCGCGGGGUGGAGAGGAGCCGUGUCCGCGCGGCCCUUUAUAACGCGCCCCGCGCGGACCCCGGCAGCCUGGGUACAGCGCGCACCCAUCACUCGCUCCUUCCGAUCGCUCCGGUACCGUAGCCUCCGCGUCGCCGCCGAAGCCCCGCGACCUUGCCACCAGCCCUUGGACAUGGCGAUCCUCGUGCGCCCGCACCUCCUAGCGGCCCUCGCGCCCACCUUUCUCGGUUGCCUCCUCCUCCUCCAGGUGGCCGCGGGUGCAGGCACUCCAGAGAAAGCGUUUAACUUAACUUGGAUAUCAACUGACUUCAAGACAAUUUUGGAGUGGCAACCCAAACCCACCAACUAUACCUAUACCGUUCAGAUAAGCGAUAGCUCUAGAAACUGGAAAUACAAAUGCAUCUCGACCACAGACACGGAGUGCGACCUCACCAACGAGAUCGUGAAGGAUGUGAACUGGACCUAUGAAGCGAAGGUCUUGUCUGUCCCACGGAGGGACUCAAUUCAUGGAAAUGAAGACCUGCUUGUGAUUCAUGGGAAGGAACCGCCAUUUACAAAUGCCCCAAACUUUUUACCUUACCAAGACACAAAACUCGGACAGCCAAUAAUUGAGCAGUUCAAACAAGAUGGUACAAAACUGCGCGUGCGUGUAAAAGACCCAUUUACAUUAGUCCAAAAGAACGGUACAUUCCUCACCCUGCGGCAAGUCUUUGGCAAUGACUUGGGGUAUAUACUUACUUAUCGGAAAGGCUCAAGCACAGGAAGGAAAAGAAAUACUACAAACACUAAUGAAUUCCUUAUUGAUGUGGAAGAAAGGGUAAGCCACUGCUUUUUCGUACAAGCUGUGAUUUUCUCCAGGAAAAUUAACCAGAGGAGCCCAGAAAGCAUUACAGUGUGCACCGAGCAAUGGAAGAGUACCAUGGGAGAAACACUCAUCAUUGUGGGAGCAGUGGUGUUUCUGGUCACCAUCUUUAUCAUCCUCCUGUCCAUAUCUCUGUGCAAGCGCAGAAAGAGCCGAGCAGGACAGAAAAGGAAGAGCGCUCCAUUGCGCUUGGCAUAGAGGAGAGGCGGAAGCUGCUAACAGUCACACUGCCUGCAGGGCACUGUCACCAAGACCUCUGAUGGGAGCCGUGCAGCGUGGAGCAUGUAGCCUGCCGAGCCAAUCUCCCUUCAUGACCUGUUAUUCCAGCCAGCGCUUUGAUUCCGACACUAGCAUUUGUCACUUUAGAACACCCUGAAACGGUACAAGCUGGUUAACACUACAUGGCCUUUUGCACGAAUGCUUUAGAUUGCAUACUCGACACUCAGGAAGACACUAGGUGACCCAGGCAAAGCCAGUGGACAGAUGCCUUUCAUAUAACCCAGGUGGGCGUUUAGAGAACCUAUGGGAUGUUGGUUUCGUAGGCUGUAGGACAGAAAAGUGGGAACUGGGUAGGCAGUUGUACUUUUGUAAAGUGGUAUUUGGGUUUUUCCCUCAACUAGGUACUUCUGGAAGUUCAAAGCACUUGGCAAGCUUUCAUAUAAAUGCAGGAUAUUUUCUGCUUGGGGCGCCUUUAUGAUUUGUACUUUCCUACAAUUUAGCACUUUAACUGACAAUGAUGGGGUUUAAACAUUUGACAGCCAACUCUAUUUUUAUACGACUACUAUACAAAGAAACUACAUAGAGUUUUAUGAUUUAAGGUACUUAAAAAUGUUUAUGGUUAACAUUGUAUAUAUUUAUAUAAAUCUUGAAGGUUUUGUAUAUGGGAUUUUCUAUUUAUAUAGCUCCUAUUUGUAUAUAUUGAGAUAAUUUAUUUAAUAUACUUUUAUAUAAAUAAAGGUGAUUGGGAAUUGAGAUGAUCACA